AUGCCAGGGGGAUACCGUCUCGAGUACGCACCGUCUGCCAGGGCCGCCUGCAAGGGUAAGCUGAACUGCGGUGGCUAUCUCAGCACCAAGAUCUUGAAGGGGGAACUGCGCCUCGGCAGCGUCGUGGACUUCAGGGGGAACACAUCCUUUGCGUGGCGCCACUGGGGAUGCACAACCAACAAGGUGCUAGAAAACAUUAAGGAGCAGUUUCCGGACCCCUCCGAGAUCGAUGGCUACGACGAACUUCAAGAUGCGGAUAAGGACCGCAUAACGACGGCGUACGAGGCUGGCCACGUCGCCGAGGAAGAUAUCCCCGAGAGCGCGCAAAAGGGUGCUGAAGAUGAAGAAGACGAGAAGCCCAAGAAGAAGGCACCCGCAAAGAAGAAGGCCAAGGAGGCUGACGAGGGUGGCGAUGAGGAGGCGGAGGAGAAACCCAAGCGCAAGCGGGCGACCAAGGCUCAGGUGGCUACCCUCGUCAUAACCCUCACUAUCUGA